CGGAAGAUGUGAAGGUGGCUAGUAUUCGAGACUGGCCACGACCUCAGACAAUCACUAAGGUCAGGUCAUUCUUAGGAAUGUGCGGCUACUAUAGAAACUUCGUUAAGAACUAUUCUACAGUCGCCUCUCCUUUGACUGAUGUAACUCGACUUGACACACCAUGGGACUGGAGUGAAGAGUGUGAGGGUGCUUUCAAGAGAUGGAAGCAUGCACUCAUGAAUCAUGAAGUUCUCAUGGUUCCCGAUCCGCAGAAGCCAUUCAUAGUGACCACUUACGCAAGCCAAUACGGCAUUGGCGCAGUGCCGGUUCAGCAGGAUGGGAAAAAGUUGAGACCGAUUGAGUACAUGAGUAAGAAGAUGCCAUCGAAGAAGUUGGCUAAGUCCACCUACGAAAGGGAACUCUAUGCUCUCUACAAGGCACUUGUCCACUGGAGACACUUCCUUUUGGGAAGGUUCUUCUAUCCGAGGACUGAUCAUCAGACCCUCAAAUGGAUCAAGACUCAACUGGCUCUUUCUGAUGCACUCAAGCGAUGGAUUGAGGUCAUAAACCAAUAUGACUUCAAGCUUGAGUACCUGAAAGGAGAGUACAACAAGGUUGCAGACGCGAUAUCCCUUAGAGCAGACUACCUAGGUGCGCUAGUUUUUAACUUUGGCGUAUCUAACGAAGUAACUCAAUCAUUGGUGGGAGCCUAUCAUGAAGACCCUGUCAUGAUGGACAUCAUCCGCAAACUUCAGGCAAAAGACAAGGCCACAGAAAGUGACUUUGUGAUGGUGGACAGGCUAAUCUAUCUUGAUAAGGCCGAAAUAAAGAGAUUGGUAGUUCCAUCUAGUGGACAGUUGCGUAGUUUAUUUUUAGGCGAAUGUCAUGACGCAACUGGGCACUUUGGCUACAAGAAGACGAGUGCUAACUUAGUACAACGAUUUUGGUGGCCUAGAAUGCUAGAUGACGCAAAGAAGUAUGUUGAGACCUGUCAGGUCUGUCAACGGGACAAGCCGCUAACUCAAGCACCGCUUGGGUUGUUGAAGCCUUUACCUAUUCCUGAUGGUCCAGGAUUGAGUGUUUCCAUGGAUUUCAUGGACACCCUAGUGACCAGCAAGAGUGGUAAGAGGCACAUUUUCGUCAUCAUUCACCGAUUCACCAAGUACGCUAGACUAGUGGCUAUGCGAGAGACCGCAAGAACUGACUAUGUCUUCAAGUUGUUCAAAGACAACUGGGUUAUCAUAAAUGCGCGUCAGAAUGCCGGUGAGAAAUCUGAGGUUGGGGGCAGCAUUACGAGGUAUGUUGCUCUCUUCCUUAUUUACCCUCUUCAUUACUUCUUACCGUUAAGAAAGGAGCAGGCGGCGAAGAUGAAGGAAUUGGAGGAGACGGAGAAGAAGAAGAAGGCUGCUGAAGAGGAAGCGGCAGCAGAAGCAGAAGAAGAGAGGAAACGCAGGGAAGAGAAAGGAGAGAGUACUGGCAUGGCGAAUGAGGACGCCACAAUGGAGAAGAAAAUCAGCGAGUGGGUUGCUAAUUUAUCUUUGGGAGAAGAUGAGGAGGCAGAGUUUUGUGUGCCCCAAGACGAGAGGGAUGCGUUAGCCAGUGAGCUAGCAGCGAUUAAGGACCCCCUGGAGAGGCAAGAAAUAGAGGAGGAGGAGAAGUUGGAAUGGAAGUUGAGGAUGAAGAGAGAGAAGAAGAGAAAGAGGGAGGAGGUUAACAGAUUGACCGCAGAAGUGGCGAAAGUGAGGGAUCGCAGACAGGAGGUACAAGCGCAGACACACAUGUCUGCCAAAAUGGAUAAGAUGUUGGGGUAUUUAAAAGUGUUGAGUGCAGCUUGGAUGGAGGAGCGCCAGGCUAGUUGGAGUCGAGAUGUAGCCCUGAGUGCCAUGAGGUCAGGCGCCAUAGAGGGUGCCAAAGCAGUAGCCGUUGUUGAGAGUGAGGCCAAGCAUCGUAAUGAGCCCGUAAAGCUCAAGUAUCCAGAUGCAUAUGGGCGAAAGAAGGAGGAGAACUUUGAUAACUGGGAGGUUAGUGUUAAUAGUUACGUGUACUUACAACACAUCCUGACUGAGGAGCAAGUCCUCGUCACCUUCCAGGCCCUUAAAGAUGAAGCGGCCAGUUUUGCCAGAUCACUUGCGCGCGCAGUCAAUUGUGAAAAUAACCUGGUUGCAUAUUCCAAAGUCACCCCCCUUCCUCAAUUCUUCAAACUCCUCAGGGAGAAAUUCGUUGACCCAAUGAGAGGCGUUAGAGCCUCUUACAAGCUAAAGACCACCCACUCACGACAGUGGACAAGUGCAAGAGCACUCCAUGGCGUCAUGGACGACUUGGUAGCCGUCCCAAACCAUGGAGUCACUGAGACCCAAUUGGUCCAGUUAUUUUAUCGUGCCAUGCUAGAGCCCCUGCGUGGGCACUUCUUUGACAAGUCUCAACAGGUCGGCAUCACGUAUGAUGUGUUGAGCAGAGAAGUCAUCUUGUUCGAGUCAAAGUCCAUGCCAGUGUCCACUUUAGGGCACAAGGACCUAGAUAAGGGGAAGAAGUGGAAAGGUUGUACCAUCUCAGGCCAAGUGAUGGCCAAGGAUCAUAUGAUCCUAACUUUAGAAGAAGGUGGUACAAACGAGGUCCCAUAUUGCCAGAUCGAGUGGGGUCUCGAGGAAGAGGACAGCAGUGUAGGGCAAGGGAGAUCCUAUGCGGCUAUCGCGGCUGGAGGGAGACCUCAAGGUGGAGGAGGAGGCCAGGGCCAAAGGGGCCAGGCCAUGGGAGGCCGAGGACUGGGCGCACAGGGGGUUGGCGGACAAGGGAACCGCCAAGUGGGAGGUAGGGGUCAAGGUCCCUCGCCAAAUCGUCAGGGUUCUUGUCGGUCCCCACCACGACGAGGUGGAAGGCCACCUCAAGGAGGAUGGCGCCCAGGCUUGCCACAAGGCAGGCCCUGGGAAGAUUUGGGCUUGGACCAGCGAAUAUGGCAGGAACGCGUAGGCUUGGACGUCAAGAAUAAGUUGUUGGAUGAGGCCAACAUCAACGUCCAUAACUUCGCUUCUUUCGACAAGAAAGCCUUAGACAUAGAGGCUAAGCUUGGGUCCGCUUAUCAGGGUGAAACAGAUGGUAGGAAGAAGAAACUUCCCCAAGACUGGAGGAGGAAUGGCAAUCUCAUGUUCAUCGACCAUGAUGGUCAGGCGACGGAGAUUGACGACUUCCCUGACUAUGGGGAAGACACAAAGCAGGAUGGGGCUAGUGAGACUUCGAACGAGGGAGUCGUAGCGCCCAUCAAGGAAAAGACUAGGGGGACUUGCAAGCAGAAGGCGGAGGAGGAGGAGAAGAAGAAGAAGAAGAAAAAGAAGAAGAAGAAGAAGAAGAUGGGCGGAAGAGGAGGAGGAGAGAAGAGGAAGGAGAAGGAAAUGAGGGACAGGCAGAGGAGAAAAGAAGAAGAAGAAGAAGAAGAAGAAUGGCGGCUAGGGUUAAGGCGGCCGUGGAGGGGAAUGGCGGCGUGGUAUGCUGUUAGGGUAUGGUUACAAGAAGAAGGAGAAGAAGAAGAAGAAGAAAAAGAUGGGCGGAAGAGGAGGAGGAGAGAAGAGGAAGGAGAAGAAGAUGAGGAGAGGCGGAGGAGAAAAGAAGAAGAAGAAGAAGAAGAAUGGGGGCUAGGGUUACGGCGGCGGUGGAGGUAAAUGUCGGCGCGGUAUGCCAAUAGGGUAU